AUGGUGAUGUUGGGAAACAUACCUGGAACAUAUAUAUAUCACAAUCUUUACCAUUACAAAGAAGCUGUGAGAGUCCCAGGCUUUCUCAUUUUGAGCAUUGAAGCGCCAAUAAACUUUGCCAACACCACCUAUCUCAAGGAGAGGAUUUCAAGAUGGAUAGAAGAUUAUGUAACAGAAGAAGAAGAAACCAAGAAGCACUUUGGACUCCACUUUGUGAUUCUUGAUUUAUUUGCUGUGAAUGCCAUAGACACAAGUGGAGUCUCAUUUCUCAAGGAUUUAAGAAUGGCUAUGGAAAAGAAAGGGCUUGAGGCAAGAAAUAUCGACUUUCUUUUCAUUUAUCUUCUUGUAAUGGUAAAUCCACUUGGGGUGGUGAUGGAGAAAUUACAGCGGGCAGAUGAAUCCCGGGAAUUUAUGAGGCCAGAUGCCCUUUUCUUGACUAUUGGAGAGGCCGUAACUACACUGAAUUCCACAAUCAAGAGUCAAUCAUCAAACAAUGUAUGA